AUGGUGGAUGAUAUGCGCAUGCUGCACACAGCUAUUAAUGGCCUUCUGCGACAAGGAUCUCUGCCGCUGCUCGGGCCUCUGAAAAGUUCACUUGCAGGAAGGCUGAAUGUUGAGGGCUUGCAUCCGGAUGAGACUGGCACUUUCAUCGAAGAUGAGGAUCAAGACAUGGAAGAGCAAACCGAUUCGUUAUGUGCACAGAGUGAAGACCUAGUCGAGCCAUUGAGUCAAGCGCCCAUCAGCUCCUUGCAUGAAAUCACGAGAUUGAGGUCUGCCAAUGCGAAUGGAGCUGUUUCUUCAGCGCCUAUGACAGCUCAACCAGGCGCACAAGAGCCUCAAGACCUCAUCACAGAAGGAACCCUUCAGCGGAAUGAUGCAGACCGUCUGGUGAAGAGGUUUCUGGAGCGAACUGACUACUACCUCUAUGGGAUCACAAGCCGUUUUGAAGAUCUAGACAGCGUGCGCCGCGCAUCUCCCCUCUUAUUCGUGGCAAUCUGCACAGUCUCGGCUUUGCACGAACACGGGGGCGAGCAACUUUACCGCGUCUGCAGUGCUCGGCUCCGCAAGCUCGUGUCUGACUUCAUGUUCAAGAAGCAUGUAAAUCUCUACGAUUUUCAGGGACUGUGCAUAGCUUCGUUCUGGCUCAGUGAUCUUUCAUGGUCAGUGUCUGGUCUCGCCAUUCGUCGAGCUAUCGAGUUCCAGCUCGAAAAGUCAUAUGAAAUUGUCAUCGGGACCAGCCAACUCGACGACAGGUUUUCCAACAGUCUCGGGCUCAAGGACCGAGAAGAUGUCCUCAGUUGCUUGAGGGUGUGGUAUCUCUUCUACAUUUGCGACCAUCAUCUCUCAAUCCUAUAUGGCAGGCCUUCCAGUUUUGGAAAUCCGUCGUCUGUGGCAGGAUGGAGAAAGUAUCUUCGUGUCAUUCCCAGCUCAAGCACCGACACUCGUCUUUCCAGUCAGCUGGAACUGCUUUUGAUAUUGGAGAAAGUCACCUAUAUGUUCGGCUCGAAUGAUGACAGUCGCAUAUCGGGAAUAUUCAAAAAGGAGCUUGAGGAAUUCGAUUUAGAGGUGGACCGAUGGCACAAUCUGUGGGCUGCUCGAUACAGAACCCAACGCGAUAUCGAGAGGCAGAUAGGAGCCUUCCCUCGGAAGAAUCUUCGUCUGCACUACCACUUCGCCAAAUUGUUCAUUGGGUCCCUUGUAUUUCGGGGGCUUUCGUCCAACCCUGUCGAUGAUCCGAUUCCGAUAGAGUUUCUCGACUUAGCUCACGGAACGGUUGAGUCCGCUAGAUCAACGAUCGAGCUUAUCAGCACCGAUCCAGAUCUCAAAGCAGGGUUAGUGGGAUUACCGCACUACAAUCACACGAUGAUAGCAUAUGCGUGCACUUUCCUUCUCAAAGUCGCAACAAAGUAUCAUCGCCAUCUGGAUAUGGACCAGGAUGAAGCCUUUGACCAUGUGUCGAAAGCUGCAGAGACCUGCCAGUCCAUACAAUGCACGCGGUACCACCUCGUCAGUUGGAUGGGGGCUGGAUUGGCUAAGUUUGUCGAAAACUGUCGAAAGCUUGCUGAGAGGCAAUCGGAGACCUUUACGGACGGACGCGAGCGCGAAACGACUGUCAGCCCAACUUUCUCUACUCGGAAAGCUAAGGCUUUGAGUAGAGCUAUGCCAUCAAAUGAUGCAUGGGAUUCGGCAAGACGAGUUGCUGAAGCAUUUCCAACAAGUUUGCAAGGAUUCAUGGAUGGUAACUACAACUUUCCACAGGAUGCUGUCGACAUGGACAGCAUGGAGACGUUGGGUUUAGAUAUCUUGGAGGGAUCUGACCUAGCAUGGGAUUCAUUCUUACCGUCGUUCAACUUUGAGCAUAUGGGGUUCAGUUUACUCUGA